GUCACAGCUGCCUCAACCAUGCCCACAGGGAAGGAUGGAGUUCACCAGCAAUUAGCUGCCCCACAGGGAUGGAGGCGCAGCUUCUGGGAGUCGUGUCCACCAGGAUACCAUGUAUCAGAAGGUGGAGAAAACUGUAUAUCCUGUACAAAUGGAGUGGACUUUACUAAUCACUGGAACAUGCUCCCUUCCUGCUUACCAUGUACAAUCUGUAAAUCAGGUGAAGAAGAGAGGAGCCCUUGCACGGCGACUAAGGACACACAGUGUCAGUGCAAACCUGGAACUUUCCAUGAAGAAGACUCACCCGAGUUCUGCCAGAAGUGCAGCACUGGGUGCCCUGAUGGGAUGGUUGUGGCCAAGCCCUGUAACCCCAUCAGUGACCUCAAAUGUGUGGACCAAAAAUCAGAUACCCAGGCCAGUGGGGAGGCCCUGGUUCCUGGAAAGACAGUGACCAUGAGCUGGAGACUGCCCACCACUCCCUCUCCUUCCUCGGGCAAUUCACAGCUGGAGAUCGGAAUUGUAACUGCUGGUGUCUUCCUGCUGCUGGUGCCGAUUGCCUAUGUUUUCUGGCGGUUCUUCAUUCAAGGUUACGGUGUGGACCCUAAGUGCAUGGACAGGGUCUUUUUCUGCUGCUCAUGUCCCCCAAGAGGUCCUGGGGCUCUGGACAAUGCCCAUAACAACAUGCUGAUCAACAGAGAUUUGCUGUCCAUUCUGGUGGCCAAGAAGGACCUAGAAGACCAGGAGCAGGGCAAGCUGACAGGUGUCAUGGUACAGUCUCUGGUGGAAGCAAAGCAUUUACUG